CUGCUGGCGUCGUUGUCGAGGAGGUUAAAAUUGUUUAACAAAUCAAAUAGUGCAAUUAAACUGUAUUUACAGACGUUUGCUCUACGCCGGUGGAAUGCGGAGUGGAUGUUGUUGAUGCGCGCGAUGAGGCUUUUUCUUGCUGAACGUGCGCGUUGGCCUCAACAAUGAUUUCGCCAGAUCAUGAAGAGGUGGACCUGGUGCUGGAUCACCAGGUGCGCAGGAACAUCAAGAACAUGUAUCAGGCGAACCUGAUGGAUCUGCCGAACGGUCGCGAACGCUUCGUGUCCGACUGUAGCAUGGACAAUGAUUCGCUGCCGCAUGACCAGGAGUCGAUGAAUGCAUUAGACACCCUGUCCACCGAUGGCAUUGUGGAGGUGGAGGAGGAUCCCAACUCCGACCAGAUGGUGGCGAUGGACAGCCGUGAGCUACAGAACUACCACGAGAUGAUGGUGGAAACCGACCACGACCACCACAUCGACAUCAAUGGAUCGCUGCGCAAGCGUCGUGGUAACCUGCCGAAGCACUCGGUGAAGAUACUGAAGCGCUGGCUCUACGAACACCGCUACAAUGCCUAUCCCAGCGAUGCCGAGAAGUUCACUCUGGCGCAGGAGGCCAGCCUGACGGUGCUGCAAGUAUGCAACUGGUUCAUCAAUGCGCGCCGGCGCAUUCUGCCCGAGAUGAUACGCCGCGAGGGCAACGACCCGCUGCACUUCACCAUCUCGCGGCGCGGCAAGAAGGUCAGCCCCAACUCGUCCGCCAGCAGCUCGGGCAUGCCCCAACAGGGUGCAACCCAGACGUCUGUGGCAGGCAGUCCUUCCUCCGAAGUGUUUGUUGGCGCCACAGAAGAAGUAGAUGGUGCUGCCGACGCCCACCAGGGAAUCGCCAAUGUCCUCACAAACUUCGACCAAUACGUGAGAACGCCAAACGGCCAGAUGGUCAAAAUGGAGCCGGAGUACGACGAGAGCGUUGUCUACAGUUGGCAGCAGGCCGUUGCAAACAAUCCAAUGGGCUUCCAGAGUCUCCACUCGUCACUGCAAGCAACCAUUAUAGAUAAGAUCCAGGCCUUUCAGAUGCGGAAGGCUGCCGCGCUGGCCGCCAGCUCAACAAACGUCGCCACCAGUCCCACCGGUGCCAUAAAGCCCUUUACCAGCACAUUUCGGCAGAUGCCGGCAGAGUUUGAGGAGGACAAAAAGCCAGGUCCGAUCAGGCGCGGACGUAAGCGCUCGGAGGUGGCUAACAAAACGCUUCAAUCCGAGCAAAAAGCAGCCCAAGACACUGAUCAGAAACAAAAGGAUGCGAAACAUGUAAAACCGGCCAAAAGAAGCAAAAAGAAUGCCCCUAGAUCCGAGGGCGAGGAGAGCGCUCAGGGAUACGAGUCGUGCGAGCAGACCAGCGAGCGAGAAGUGCGCUUCGAGACCUCCGACGACUGGCAGUCCGUGAUGAAAACCGUUUUCACCACGGAAGAGGUUGCUACGAGUAGCGCCGCAGCCAUCAAGGAAACUACUGCCAACAGCCAAGAGGUGGCCGUAGAUCCGAUCAUAAAGCGUGAGCCCAAGCCAAAGGUUGUGGUCACCAGGAACGACCUACUUCAUCACCUCGGGGGCCCGGCCACAGUAGUGGCCACAAGCAGCUCCAAUCAAACGGAAAGGUCCUCAGAGGAGGUAUACACCAACAAAGAGGGCGGCAGCAGUCAGGCCCAGUCCACACCGCCACCACAGAAUCUAAGUCGAGAGAAGCGUGACAAAUACAAGUGUCUCUAUUAUCUAGUGGAGACAGCUAUGGCAGUGCGUCACAACGAUCCCGGACAAGAGGAGGGCUUUGCUUAUCUGCGCAAUUAAAGCCCAACCACACCACAGGCAACACAACAACCGAAGAAUGUGGUGCUGUAAAUACACGUUAUAUUAUUUUGCUAGAAUUCAUUUUUAAUGCAGUUCCUGCAACCAAAUUGGUAAAGCUAAUCAUUAGCAUAGCCCAAGAAUCAUGUAAAUGGAAUAGGAUUCACACACAAAUGGUACAAAUCAUUAGAUAAAUUUUACAUCGCAACGCAAUUGGGUGAAUAUCAGUGCAAAAAAGGAAA